ACAUCACAUUUGAUUUGAUUCCUGUGUAGUUGACUUCAAUAUUCAACUAUUAACACUUACAAGUCUUCGGAUUUGAAAAAUCAUACAUGGUUUUCUUUUUCAUUGAAAAUUAUAUAUGAUACAAAAAGAAAGGUUCUCUCCAUUCUGUACUUCAGAACUCGAAGCCUGUGAGUUUUCCACUUGGGGGUGCAAAGCUUCAGAAAACAAGAGACUAGAAUGGAAGAAGCUAAUGGAAAUUCAAGAUUAGGAGAAGGAAAAGCUGUCCCUACACCAAGAAAAUUGGAAUCAUUUGAGAGCUUUCCAAACUACGCGAGAGCGCUCUUGAACACGCCGCUCCGACUAUUGGAUCGAGUUACAGCCCGAUCCAGCGACGAAGUCGAGUUGGUGGAUGUGAAAAAACGAAGUCAGCAUGAAAUGAAGAAAACACUAACAUGGUGGGAUCUGAUAUGGUUUGGCGUGGGCAGUGUCAUUGGCUCUGGCAUUUUUGUUCUAACAGGACUUGAGGUUAGAAACACUGUGGGACCUGCUGUGGUGUUAUCCUAUGUUGUCUCUGGCCUUUCUGCCAUGUUGUCUGUUUUUUGUUACACUGAAUUUGCUGUGGAAAUCCCUGUGGCUGGUGGUUCCUUUGCUUACUUAAGAGUUGAGCUUGGUGAGUUUGUGGCAUUCAUAGCAUCUGGAAACAUUAUUCUUGAAUAUGUAAUCGGUGGCGCUGCAGUUUCGCGUUCUUGGACAUCCUAUUUUGCAACACUCUGCAAUCAAAGAUCAGACAAAUUUGUCAUCGUAGCGCAUUCCCUUGCACACGACUACAAUAAGCUUGACCCUAUUGCUGUUUUUGUUCUAGCAGUUACUUUCUCCUUUGCUGUUUUCAGCACCAAGGGUUCCUCGCGUUUAAACUACAUUGCUUCGAUAAUACAUGUCAUUGUCCUAAUGUUCAUCAUAGUUGCAGGUUUAUCAAAAGCCGAUGCUGAAAAUUUUGAUGAUUUCACACCUUAUGGUGUUAGAGGAAUCUUCAGUUCCGCGGCUGUUUUGUUUUUCGCUUAUGUUGGAUUCGACGCGGUUUCCACAAUGGCCGAGGAAACGAAGAAUCCUGGAAAAGAUAUACCGAUUGGUCUAAUAGGAUCAAUGACACUUACAACAUUUAUUUACUGCAUGAUGGGUGUGACACUUUGUUUGAUGCAAAAAUAUUCAAAUGUGGAUGAAAAUGCUGCUUAUUCGGUUGCAUUCGAAGCGGUUGGAAUGAAAUGGGCCAAGUACAUUGUUGCAUUUGGUGCAUUAAAAGGAAUGACUAGUGUUCUACUAGUUGGUGCUGUUGGUCAAGCAAGGUAUCUCACACACAUUGCAAGAACAAGUUUGUUACCUUCAUGGCUUGCACAAGUGAAUGAAAAAACGAAGACACCCGUUAAUGCCACUAUUGUUAUGUUUAUUGCAACUGCUAUUGUUGCAUUUUUCACUAGCCUUGAUGUUCUUGCUACUUUACUUUCAAUUUCAACUUUGUUCCUUUUUUCACUUGUGGCAUUGGCCCUUUUGGUUAGAAGGUAUUGUGUUAGAGGUGUCACUUCAAGAUUUGAUCUCAUGAAAUUUCUUGGAUUCUUAUUUCUCAUUCUAGCCUCUUCGGUUGGAUGUUCGGUUUAUUGGUCUCAAACUAUCAAAGGGUGGAUUGGUUUCGUGAUAUUAGUACCUAUUUGGUUUGUCGGGACAUUCGGUAUCUGGUUUUUUGUUCCUCUCGCCAAGAGACCGAAGAUUUGGGGUGUACCGCUUGUGCCAUUUUUACCAUCGGCCUCCAUUGGGAUCAAUGUUUUCCUUCUUGGAACAUUAGAUAAGGCUUCAUUUAAGAGGUUUGGUGUUUGGACUGCAAUUUUGGUCGUAUAUUACUUGUUUGUAGGUGUACAUGCAUCUUAUGACAUAGCAAAGGCACAAAAGGAGAAGGAAAAACUAGAUACUAAGAUUGAGUCUAAGAUGGAUGAAGAAAAUGGUGUUUCAUUGGUGACAGGAUCCAAUACCAAAAAUGAAAAUCAUACAUAGGAGAAAUUUUAAUUCAUAUAUAUGUUGUUGAUAGUUAUGUGUGUUUAUGAGAGAGUAACUUAGACAAUAAAUGUGUGUUUGCUUGUAAAUGUGGUUCUUAGAGCUUAUAUAUUUUAGAAUUCUUGGAUUUCUAUAUGAAACAUUCCAUAUGUUUGCAAGGAUCUAUAUAUUAAUCCAAUGGACUACCUUUCCUCAAUACAUGAUCACUUGUUGUGGAUAAAUGUGUGCAUAAUUUUAUUUUUAUGUGAACUCAAAAUUGACAAUAAA